CAUUUUACUGCUGAGCAUCCCACCUUCCAAGUUCACAAUCGGUUCAAUCUUUCCUGUCUAUUGACUUCGCCGCUCCAGAAACUGGCACUCAAACAAUAAGGACUGAUGAAAAGAGUGCUAGAUGUCUAGGGCUUGGGCUGAACGCGCGCUCUAGGCUAUAGCCCACCGACUGCUCCAGGCGUCGCGUCCGUGGUGCAUUCUGAGACUGUACUCUGCAUUCUACGGGAUCCUGCACAUCCGGGUCUCGCCAUGAUCAGAGACUUGAUUUCUUUUAACAAUUUGCGCUCUGGGGACCACCCUCAACUGGGAACUUGAAGAUCUAACGUCGCCAACUUAAGCCAACCCAUAUGCAUUGAAAGAGUGUCUGACUGGGAUGCACACGGAGACCCCGAAUCACGUCGUUCGCACUCGAAGUCCUCUCCGGAUGCUGGAAAAUGCGGAUAGUAUCUACAUUCCACGGAAGAGUCCUCGGUCCAUGGAUGCGCUCCGUGUCUGAGACAUGUGCUUCCGCGGUUGCAUAUAAGGCGGGCCCGCCCCCGUCUUCUCGAUAUCGCUGCUUUCACCGAAACGACCAUCUGCACUCAGAUCCUCAAGCAUUUCUCAAGCUCAAUCAUGUUCACCUCCAAGAUUCAGUCCCCUCCCUCCAGGUUUCUGUCCCCUCCGUCACCGACUUUGACUUCCUCAACCGCAUCGGCACCGGUCGUUCGGCCACCGUUCAUCUGGUCCAGCACAAGGUCACUGGUCGCCGUUUCGCGUUGAAGGCUGUCGAGCGCGCUUCCGGAUCGGCGUCCGCCGCCAACGAGCAGGCCAUCCUGAAGCGCAUCGCCAUGUCCAGCGGCAAGUCGGUUUCUCCCUCCCUGCUCUCGUUGCAUGCGAGUUGGGAGGAUGACACUCGUUCGUAUAUGCUCUCGGAGUGGUGCCCCGGUCGUGACCUCAGCCCAUGUCUCGUCAACGGACACAAGCGCUGGGGUGCCUUCCCUGCUGCUCACACUCGCUUCAUCGUUGCUCAAUUGGUCACGGCGCUCGAGUCUCUUCACGCUCAGCACAUCGUCCACCGCAACCUCAAGCCCGCCCACAUCUUCUUCACUGAAGACGGCAACAUCGUCCUCGGUGGCCUUUCUCUCGCCAAGCACCUGCCCGGGUCCUUCAUGCACGGCAACGACGAGCCUGUUGAGAUUGUCUUUGAUGCUGCGGCGGAUGCAGACUGUGGUUCGUUCUUCCAGCAGACCAUGGACGAGGUAGUCGGUGUCACCAGAGAGCGGUGCGGAACCCCAGGUUACAUGGCACCCGCACAGGUCCAGGGCACGCCGUACAGUUUCGAUGCUGAUCUCUUCGCGUUGGGGGUAAUCGCUCAUCAACUGGCAACGGGAGCUAUGCCUUCGUCUGAGUCACCGGAACUCGCGACUGUCGAUGUCGACCUCAAAGCGGUCAUCCAGGGCCUCCUCGACCACAACCGCGAGACUCGGCUCACGCUCGCACAGCUCAAGGAGCACCGCUACUUCACCGGCGUCAACUGGAAGAAGCUGGCCCGUCACCAGGUCCCUGCUCCCUGGGUUCCCGUCGCUGCCGAGGUUCCGUCCACGAUUCGCGUCUGCCCGUUCCCAGCUGCGAUGUCUCGCUCGGAUAGCUCCUUCGGCUUCGUCUCUCGGUCGUUCGCCAGCCCCCAGCGCGGAUUACGCUGCCUCAUGCGUAAAUUUGUGCCUGAGAAGCCCCAGUCUCGGCCUGUCGCCCCAGUGGUCGUUGCUGCCUCGGUGGUCGAUGUCCCUCCAGUCCGGCCUUCUGCUCCUGCUGUGGUCGUCGCCGCCCCUGUUGCUGGUUCUUGCGUCGGAGUUCCUGUGGUCGCCCCCGUCCCGAAAGUCGCCAAGCCCGUCUUGCCCGUCUGUGCGCUCAUCGAGGCCUCGCUCGACACGGCAUCCCUCAAGCCGGCGGCUUUCUCCCGACUUUGGUACUCAGCGACGAGUGAGAAGAUCGCAGCGCUGCAGGUGUCCGAGAGUACUUCGACCUGCGCCACCGACUGGUCCCAGGACAGCUUCGAUUCGGUUGCCGGCGCCAACAUCCAGCGCAUUCUUGAAGAUCGUUCCGGGCGGACAGAGACGGUUUCGGUGUUGCCUGCGUCCGCGAGCAGCUCUUCUACGGCUAGCGACGCGUCUGCGGACAGCUUCGACUCCAGGGCGGGCGUCAACAUCCAGCGCAUCCUCCAAGAUCGCUUCGGUGCAACGCUCAAGUCGGCCGCGUUGUCUCCUCCGGCUACCGAAACCGAGACCGACACCGAGACCGACACCGACAGUUCAUCAGACAGCGAUUCGUUCCGUGGCAGUACCGCCUCGGAUGACUCUUGGUCGGCGGACAGAUCCCCAGCAGAGCAGCAGCAGCAGGGUGGUCUUCGGAGGAUGCCAGCUUCUUCGUCGCUCUUCAGGAUGUUCUCCGGUUGGACGCGGCCCCGAUCUGGCCGCGCGCUCGCUUUGGCCCCCGUGUCGUUGGCGUGUUGAUUCGUGUUUUCCUCGUUGUGUUUCGACUGUUUUCGUGUUUCCGUCCGACCGAUCUCCGCCCCUUUUCUGUAUCGCCCGCACCGGUUGUUGGGCACGAGCCUACUCGUGUUUCUUCGUCUUCGCCCCGACAUGGCUGGCCUAUAUCGCCCUAUAAUGCGUAGGAUCCGCUGGAUGGAUUGUUUUGUUCUUGGAUACCAGGAUAAAAGUAAUAUAAAAUACCAUAUAGAGAUCAUACCUUUGUAAUGUGCAGCGGACCAAAAAACCUAAUUGGAGAUCGGUCAAACUUCCGUGCGUGGAUUGAUGACGAGGAUCGAUUCCAGGGCUCGGGCACGAAUCGAUGCAUGUGUACGGCUGAUGACACGGCCACGUGAUCGCUGGAAAGAGCCACUUGUAU